GGGCGGGGGUCGGCGGCCCGGCCAGCCCGGCCCGGCCCGGGGCCGAGUCCUGAGCGACCGCCCUUGCCACUGCAGUUUUGGGACCCGGCAGGCCGGCCAUGGAGGCCGAGCGCCCUCCGGGGCUCGUUCCGGGCUGCGGGCGCCCCCCUCCCCGUGCCGCUGGCCGGGACCCCGCGGCCGCGCCCGUGUCGGUGCCCGCGCCGCCGCAGGGCCCUGCCGUGGGCGGCGGCUUUGCGGGCUUGGAGUUCGCGCUGCCUCAGGAGCCGGAGCCCCGGGCGGCGGACCUAGAGGUCCCGGGGACGUGGGCGGGGGCGGGAGCAGAAGCGGGGCCCCCGGCGCCGUCGGCAAACAUCCCGGUGCCAGCGCAGAGAGCCCCCCCGGGAAAAUCCCGGCUGGACGAGGUCAUGGCUGCGGCAGCCCUUACCAGCCUGUCCACCAGCACCCUCCUUCUGGGGGCCCCGGUUGCAGCCUGUAGCCCAGAGCCUGGCUUGGAGCCCUGGAAGGAGGCCCUGGUGCGGCCACCGGGCAGCUGCAGCGGCGGCGGAGACAGGGGCUGGGACCCGGCCAGUGACCAGUCCUCGCCAGCUACCCCUUCACCCUCGCUGCCCUCCGAGGCAGCCCACUUCCUAUUUGGGGAGCCUGCCCCAAAGAAGAGAAAGAGCUCCGUGCAGGUCCUGUUCCAGUGUCUGUGGAAGCGGUGCGGUAAAGUGCUGAGCACGGCCUCCGGGAUGCAGAGACACAUCCGCCUGGUGCACCUGGGGCGGCAGGCCGAGCCCGAGCAGAGCGACGGGGAAGAGGACUUCUACUACACAGAGCUGGAUGUGGGCACGGGUGUGCCCCCAGCGUCCCCCACGGCCUCCGUGCCACCCCUCUUCCCCGGCCUGGGGCUGCCAGAGCCCCCAGCCCUGUCCAGCCUGCUGCGCCCGCUGGCCCUGUCCCCGGGCCCCGUGCUGAGCCCCGAGGCACCGCACGAGGCGUGCCGAGGUGACAACGCCUACCAGGGCUGCCCGGCCCCCACCCGCCUGGAGCCAAAGCCCACCGCCACCAGGACCUGUGUGCCAACCCUGCCCUCCAAGCUCAGCGCCGGCCCAAGGAAGCCCCGAGGUGAUGCCAAGAAGUGCCGGAAGGUGUACGGCAUGGAUCACCGGCACCUGUGGUGCACAGCCUGCCGCUGGAAGAAGGCGUGCCAGCGCUUCCUGGACUGAGGGCCCCCCGCCCCCCCCCCCCCGUGCCAGCGCUUCCUGGACUGAGCCCCCCACC